AUGACGCAGCUGCGGACCCACCGCGCCCGUUGCUCACGACCAACGAAGUCGGGCGGUCUGUUGGGAGACAUGACCGGCCGUAAAGACCACGAACAAGGGGAGCGGGCGAGUGUUGUAGGUGCCAUCUUAUAUGUGGUUGAGCCAGUGCUCAUGGCCAAAGACAGGGUAGCGACGCGCAUUCGCCAUUAUGGCAUCGGGAGCAAGUACACACGUCUCGGCCUCCACAAGGGAGACGUAAAUCCCGAUGACAUCGCAAACCGGGUGUCAAUGGAUCGCCAGUUUAUACAUCCAAAUGAUGGCGUCCACUUCCAUAAACAGGUAGUGAAGGUAUUCACGGACCACCAUAGCGUCACGGAUGUGGUGAAGAAACUAAUCUCGAUUCAAGGGCGAACUACUUCCGGCACGAGCGAGAUGCUGCAGAGGUUGCUAGCUAGCCGCUAUAGAGACCACCCAGAUAUGUUAGAUGAGGCGUGGCUUGCGUUGGAAUUGGACCCAAAAAACCUGCACGAGCUCCUCGGCUUGGGUAAGUUUAUGGCACUUCGUGACAAUCCAGACUCUGGCAUUGCGUGGUUGAAAUUCAAUGAGCUGUUGAUGACAAACGGAAAAAACAAUGCGAUGAACGAUGAAGGUGCGGUGGCGAGUUAUUUGUAUAAAAACAAAAGUCCAAAUGAGAUAGACGCCUUUAUUGAAAAAGGUCAAGACAAGAAAGGUAGAAAAGGAGCGUGCCAAAACGCUGCGUAA